AUGACAUCACUUGAUAUUGCUUUUAUGACAGUACUAUGGAACAGAAUUUUAGAAAGAUUUGAUAAAACUAGUGUAAAAUUACAAGAGAAGUCACUUGAUUUAUCAGUCGCUGUUAAGCUUUUAAAAUCUUUACGGGAGUAUAUUGGUUCAAUAAGAAACAAUUUCAAUGAUAUAGAAAAAGUGGCAUUAUCUCUUUCUAAAGUUAUUUCUAAAAAGUAUAAUACUGAAAAAAAAAGAAAAAUAAUUCGUAAAUUAACUCCAGAUGAAAUGAUUCGAAAUGAAUAA